AUGGAAGUUCUCGCGGAUGUAGGGGAGCAACAUUUAUCAUUAUAGCCAAGUUCGAAGAAACAAACAAAAUCAGCAGAACGGUCACUAUCGAAAAAGAGAGGACGAAUUCAAACACCACGACGUGUGAUAUCAUCAAAACCUGUCCUACAUACAAAAAAAUCCAUUGAUUCAGUAAAAACGAAAUAUGCUACUUCCGAUGAAACUUCUAGCGAUAGCUUGACGAAACAGAUGUUAGCGUCAGACGCAAAAAAAUUAUCACCAAUAAAAUUAUCUACAGCCGAAAGAUCUGACAAGAGCAAAUCAGUAGAAUCUGUCGGUGUAACAAAAUUGCCCAUACCUGAAGAGGCUUCUUCACCUACAGAGAUGAUUCCGAUUGACUCGUAUUGUUACUGCGGACAAGAUGUGACAAUUUCUCCAAGUACAACAGGGGAACUGAACGAGAAUUGCAAAGUGGAAUUGUUGCCAACGAUAGUAAAACCAGUUUCAUUCGAUCUUUAUUCACCGGAAGAUCUCACUCAAGUGGAGGGUGUAAGUGAUGAAAUGAGUAAAAAUUCGAUGCAAAUGAAUGCAAAACUAAAGAAUCAUCCUAUCAUCGUGCCUUUCUUGCCUAUUCUACAUGCCAUUACCUAUGCAACAGAGCACGGCCAACUUCUUCAAGAACUUUUGAAAAAUUAUGAAUAUUUUGAACCACAAUUCACUUGA